ACAGGAUACGCCACCUACUUCCGACCUCGUGGUUGCUUUCUUGCUGUUGCGUACACUGGAUGUCAACUGGUUGGGGAUCAGGCUUGCUCUGUACUUCAAGCGGUUUGAACACCAAAGAUCCCUCGUUUAUCCCACUCUUUCACCUCUUCUCUUCCAAGCACUCCAGACCACAAGGCCUCAGUGCCAAUGGUUUGCUCCUCGAGUUAUUCGAUUCCUGGUUUCUGGUUGUCCCUGCACGGUUCAAGCAAGCUGCUUUCAUCACCGCUCCUCUUGCUUUCGAGUUCCUGAUCCGCUUCAUCAAAUUAAAUCUUAUGAUAUACAGGGCUGCUCUUUGAAAUCAAGACAAAGUUCAAUGACAUCUUGAAAAGGCAUCUUCACGCUAGUCAUACUUACGAAGCUCUUUGUUCCGUCCGGUUUAGGCUGUUCUAGCAGCUGGCAAGCAAAUCAGCAUCCUCAAGUCUCCAUAAAGUCGACUUUCCGAACGGCAAGGUUUUCUCUUUUGCGCCGCGUUUCUAUGAGAAAUACGGCAAUCCGUCCUCGGCUUCCAUCUGUCUUUUUUUCUCCACACGUCACUUUAUGUCCCUAUUAUGCCCCCGAUCACGACUGUGGCGAGGUUUGUCGACGCCGUUACAAAUCAGAAAAGGGGAGAACCAUUCGAUAGCGACGAUGCCACCAGCAUAUACACAGGAGGAAGGCUGCUCAUCAUCAUCCUAAGCAGCGCAAUCCCAGCCGUGGUCAUCUCCUUGGCGGCUGUUGUGCUCUGUCUAUGCUGGAGGAAGAAAAGACGGCAGAUACGAGUCUUUUCGCGAACCGUUACACCUGUCGAUGAUGAGGAAAUCGCAACAUGGAAAAUCCCAAAGAGUGAGGAGGCCGGGUUUACGACCAUGGACGACACCGACGUAGAUGGAAAGAGCAAGUCGGCAACAGGGGAUCGUUUAAACACCAGCCAUGGGAAACAGCCAUCAACAAGCUCGGUAAAGAAGCCGGCAAGCGUCAUCGUCUACAUCAACCCUGAAGAUCAAGCAGCUGGCGAAACCCGGAAAUCAUUCGACGAAGGCUUCAUGCCUCGGUCCGCCGCUCAUAGCACCCACAGCGGCUAUUACGGAAGAACGAGCAUCGACCACACGCCACUACCACCAACCCCUAUCCUCGCAAGGGCUCCCAACUCCCGAGCCGGGCUCACAGACGACGCGGUCCCCGGCGAUGUUCCAUUCAUACUGACGCCCAAGCGCCAGCCCUCUCGGCUGCACAAGCUACCGCCAGGUGCACAUGCUGUCGUAUCAUCACCAGGUCCGAGACAUGGGAGGAAGAAGAGUUCAAAGAGCAGCACCAGCAGCAUAGGCGGUUACUCAAACUUCAACAACAACAACAACAACUACCACAACAACAGGGCGGCAUACUACCAAGGCGGAGGCUAUACAUCCGACACAGGAAAGGGAUUUCCUGGGCGACAUUCCAUCGACCACGCUCGCACCCGUAGCAUGCACCAUUCACGUCUUCAAUCGGGACUGACAGUUCCUCCGAGGCUGUCGCUUGGCGAUGAUGCGUUUUCAAGGAGACAGUUUUUGAGAGAAGAAGAAAUCGGACGGGCCAUUGGGUGAUUUGAGUUAUUGCCUACCUACGCUUUACUCUCUUCCAGUUCCAUCUUCAUCUCCGGCUGGCUGGAAAGCCAUUUUCCAAUUUUUUUCCCCCUACAGAUCCAUGAUCGACCAACUUCUUCACACCGAGGUGCUGGAAGCUACCUUACUCAGUUUUACAAAGUUCUCUGGAUCUGAGGCCUAGUUAUGCCUCGGACACAUUAAUGCUGGCUCAUUGCCAAAAUGCAGGAACAUUUUUUUUUUGCUUUUCUUUUGUUGUGUCUUCCGGGAUGACAGACAGCUAGCCUUCACUGGCUGUUCGGAAUUUGUUUUAGCAUUUUUUCUAAGGAUGAGGAAACUUAUGUUGGAUAUACCCUUUUGUGAGAGAAGUUUUUGCUUUUAUUCUAUAUAUUAUUUUUUCAACAUCUUCGUGCCUUUUUUCUUCUUUCCCCUACCCAUAGGGUUGGUUGGAAAGAGUAUUACUAGAAGAGGAGGACGUCAAUUCAAAUACAAUUCUAAUUGACUUCGUAUGCCGCGGGUCUUUUGGUUUACUUUGUAUGAUCAAGGUAUAUUGAGGGCGUUGUCUGUGGUGAGGUUUAACCAUGUGGUUGUUUGUGAGUGUGAAACAAGCGGUGAUAGUAGGACGACACGAGAUUUCGAGUGGCUGAGAGAUAACUUCUUUAUGAAUAUGUCCCAGAAUUAGACUCGAUCAAAAUC